GUGGGAUUGGACCCAGGUGCAAGCAUAAGGACAGCUCUUGGGCACAAGCCAGAAAGCCUCUGCCCUGGGAGCGUUUAAAAGGCCACAGGACCUUCUCAGCCUCAGUUGAACUUCCUCACUGGCUUCAGCAUGUGGGGGCUGCUGAUUUUUAGUGUAUUAUUGGGGGGUGUCCUUGCCAAAGAGGAUUUUGUGGGGCAUCAGGUGCUCCGAAUCUCUGUGGAUGAUGAAGCCCAGGUACAGAAGGUGAAGGAGCUGGAGGACCUGGAGCAUUUGCAGCUGGACUUCUGGCGGGGCCCUGCCAGGCCAGGCUUCCCCAUCGACGUCCGAGUGCCCUUCCCCAGCAUCCAGGCUGUCAAAGUCUUCCUGGAGGCCCAUGGCAUCAGAUAUACAAUCAUGAUCGAGGAUGUGCAGUUGCUGCUGGAUGAGGAGCAGGAGCAGAUGUUCGCUUCCCAGGGCCGAGCCCGCACCACCAGCACCUUUAACUACGCCACCUACCACACCCUGGAGGAGAUCUAUGACUUCAUGGACAUACUGGUGGCCGAGCACCCACAGCUUGUCAGCAAGCUCCAGAUUGGCAGCAGCUACGAAGGCCGCCCCAUCUACGUGCUGAAGUUCAGCACUGGGGGAAACAACCGUCCGGCCAUCUGGAUUGACACGGGCAUCCAUUCCCGGGAGUGGGUCACCCAGGCCAGUGGGGUCUGGUUUGCAAAGAAGAUCACUGAAGACUAUGGCCAGGACCCGGCUUUCACCGCCAUUCUUGACAACUUGGACAUCUUCCUGGAGAUUGUCACCAACCCUGACGGUUUUGCCUUUACCCACAGUGAGAAUCGAAUGUGGCGCAAGACUCGAUCCCGCACGUUGGGCUCUCUCUGUGUUGGGGUGGACCCCAACAGGAACUGGGAUGCCGGCUUUGGGGGGGCAGGAGCCAGCAGCAACCCCUGCUCGGAAACUUACCGUGGCAAGUUUCCAAAUUCUGAAGUGGAAGUCAAGUCCAUCGUGGACUUUGUGAAUGACCAUGGGAACAUCAAGGCCUUCAUCUCCAUCCACAGCUACUCCCAGCUCCUCCUCUAUCCCUAUGGCUACAAAAAAGAAGCACCUGCGGACAAGGAUGAGCUGGAUCAGUUAUCUAAGUCUGCUGUUGCCGCCCUGACCUCUCUGUAUGGGACCAAGUUCCAGUAUGGCAGCAUCAUCACUACAAUUUACCAAGCCAGUGGAGGCACCAUUGACUGGACGUACAACCAGGGCAUCAAGUACUCCUUCUCCUUCGAGCUCCGGGACACUGGGCGCUAUGGCUUCCUGUUGCCAGCCUCCCAGAUCAUCCCCACAGCCCAGGAGACAUGGCUGGCACUUCUGACCAUCAUGGAGCACACUCUGAAACACCCCUACUGACCUGGCUCUCCUCCUCUCCAGCCCCGUGCAGGCAACCAAAUAAAGUUUGAGUGUACAUGGAA